AGGCAUUAUCCAAAGGAAACCCCGGGGCGCGGGGACUACAGACUCGCCGAAGGACCGCUUUCGGGCAACCUGCGCUUGCGCCCUGGCAGGCGAGAAGGCGAGAGGCCGGGGGUAGAGCAAAGCCUGGAACCGGAAGUGAAGGCCGCUUCCCUCCUUCGUCGCUGUUGCUGCCGCCAUACGCGUUUGCCCUGCUCAGCUCUUCUGUCAGAAGUGUUUUCCUUUUCCUUUGCUUUCCUCGAGCCCUUCCUCUUCCUCCUUGUUUCCAUCUGUUCUGGGAGAGCUCUUCCAAGAUCCCUCCCCUUCUCCCUCUGCCGGCCCAGUUAUGGCAGAGAAUGAUGUGGACAAUGAGCUCUUGGACUAUGAAGAUGACGAGGUGGAGACAGCGGCUGGGGCAGAGGGGGCUGAGGCCCCUGCCAAGAAGGAUGUCAAGGGCUCCUAUGUCUCCAUCCACAGCUCUGGCUUCCGUGACUUUCUGCUCAAGCCAGAGUUGCUCCGCGCCAUCGUUGACUGUGGCUUUGAGCAUCCCUCAGAAGUCCAGCAUGAGUGCAUCCCUCAGGCCAUUCUAGGAAUGGACGUCCUGUGUCAGGCCAAAUCAGGCAUGGGAAAGACAGCAGUGUUUGUCUUGGCCACACUGCAGCAGCUGGAGCCAGUUACCGGACAGGUUUCUGUGCUGGUGAUGUGUCACACCAGGGAGUUGGCUUUUCAGAUCAGCAAGGAGUAUGAGCGCUUCUCCAAAUACAUGCCCAAUGUCAAGGUCGCGGUGUUUUUUGGUGGUCUGUCUAUCAAGAAGGACGAGGAGGUGCUGAAGAAGAACUGCCCGCACAUCGUCGUGGGGACUCCUGGCCGCAUUCUCGCCCUGGCUCGAAAUAAGAGCCUCAACCUCAAACAUAUUAAACACUUCAUCCUGGAUGAGUGCGACAAGAUGCUUGAACAGCUCGACAUGCGUCGGGAUGUCCAGGAAAUUUUUCGCAUGACCCCCCAUGAGAAGCAGGUCAUGAUGUUCAGUGCCACCUUGGGCAAAGAGAUUCGUCCAGUCUGCCGCAAGUUCAUGCAAGAUCCAAUGGAGAUCUUCGUGGACGAUGAGACGAAGUUGACGCUGCACGGGUUGCAGCAGUACUACGUGAAACUGAAGGACAAUGAGAAGAACCGGAAGCUCUUUGACCUUCUGGAUGUCCUUGAGUUCAACCAGGGAGCCACAUAUCAGUUGUGUGUUUUUUGGUGCUGGGGAUCAGACCUACAGCCUUGUGAAUACCAGGUGGUGAUCUUUGUGAAGUCCGUGCAGCGGUGCAUCGCCCUGGCCCAGCUCCUGGUGGAGCAGAACUUCCCCGCCAUCGCCAUCCACCGUGGGAUGCCCCAGGAAGAGAGGCUUUCUCGGUAUCAGCAGUUUAAAGAUUUUCAGCGACGAAUUCUUGUGGCUACCAACCUGUUCGGCCGCGGCAUGGACAUCGAGCGGGUGAACAUCGCCUUUAACUAUGACAUGCCCGAGGACUCUGACACCUACCUGCAUCGGGUGGCCAGAGCAGGCCGGUUUGGCACCAAGGGCUUGGCUAUCACGUUUGUGUCGGAUGAGAAUGAUGCCAAGAUACUGAACGAUGUGCAGGACCGCUUUGAGGUCAAUAUCAGUGAGCUGCCUGACGAGAUAGACAUCUCCUCCUACAUUGAACAGACGCGGUAGAGGACGCCCGUCCUAGAAUGUGACAGUCUCUGCAGGAGGGGACACUGGGCGUGGGGGUGAAGGAGACGCUGCUGCCACCUGCCCCGGCAGCCCCGACCCGGUCCGAGGCUUGCUCCUUUUGCAUCACCACCACUCCUAAACUCCGUUCCUGAUUUAUCAGCAUUUUUUUUUUUUAACAAAACUAAAAAUGAAACACAGACGUGUCUGUGGUAUCCGUCAA